CAACAUGGCAAAGAGGCUGAGAGAGGCAAUCCCUGACGAAGACUAUGACUUACUGAGUUUUCCCAGCUUAUCACAGGAGAGAUCAUGUUCUCCACAGCCUUCAGUAAACUACAGGUGUCCACAUGUGAAGAUUGAUGGUAUUGUCGAUAGCUCUGUAUGGCACAACUUUAGCAAGAGCUGGGGUAACAUUUUGCCUGUUAGUGCCAAUUUCAAUGAUGGGGAAGCCGAGCCGUUAACGAUAAACACGUGGUCCCAUGAUCUUCAACCGGUUAAGAGAUAUAUGACAGACGCAUAUACGGAGAGAGCAAAAGCUGUCAUGAACCCACUCAGCAAACUCAAAUAUGAUGUUACGAGCCAGAGGUGGUGCACACAAACUGAAACUGAAAGUUCAGUCAAGGACAGCAGAUAUUUGGACGCGUUCAAAUGCAACAUGGCGAAUUCGAAGGGCAGGAACUUCAUCCAAACUAUGCUCACACAAUUCUAUGACAUUGAAAACAAAGCUGGAAAUGUAAUCGUUGAAAACAUAGGAGGAGCUGCAAAAUCCUCCGAUGCUGCCAGAUUUCUUCACUUUCAUGUGAGUAAAAGGGAGCCAGAUGGUUCUCCCACAAGGAAGUCAACACGCACUUCUCGUCCACCUCCUUCACCAGAAAAGGAACGUUUGACAGACCUUCAGAGAUAUUUUGUGCCAGACCUUGUAAUGUUAACUGGUCAAACAGGACAGAAAAUUCAUGAAGUAUUGACUGUAGAGGUUAAAUCAGGGAAGGUGCUUCUUGAGAUUGACGAAACCCAGUUGAAAUAUAUGAUGCUGCCAUUAGUGAUAGAGCAGAAUGUAGCCGUAGGCUUAUUGAUCUGUGCAAAUAUGGCUACAAUCCUGAAAGCGCGGGUAGAUGGAGGAGAAAUAAUGUAUGGAUCAAAAAGCUUCUCCUUCUGUAGUGACCAUCUUGAUGAGGACAUGGCAACCGUUCUGGCAGAGCUUAAUGCUCAUAUUCUUGAUUGCAAAUCUUACGUGAGCGAAAAUCUUAAGUUUCCCUGAAACUUAAGAGAAUCUUAUCUGCAUGCAGGACACCAAAUAUCUUACAAAACUGCACAACAUUUAUAAUAAUUCAGAGUGAAAAAUACUUUUCAACAUACUUAAUUGCUGCACUCUGUUCAAAACACAAAAGAGAUUGCCUGUACCUGCCGUACGAGUUGCGCUGCACGUGAUUAUAAAAAUGAAAGUGAUACAAAAAAAUGCCUUAAAACCUCAGAAGAUUAAAAUUUUACACAUUAGAAAAUAUUCUGUCUAAGAAGCUCACCGGAACAACGUUGCAGUUGUAAAACCUGUCACGUCUUCCAAGGAUGAAACCCAGGGUGAUGAAGUUGUACGAGAACCUGUCGCGUCUUCCAAGGUUGAAACCCAAGAUGGUGAAAAAGAUGAAAUGGCCUCUCGACCUCUUUUAUAUCAUGUUAGGGAUCCGUCAACCAAAAGAAACGUGCUCGCAAGUAUUAUUACUUUGCGAAAACACAACCCAGAUGACCGGUUUGUUAUGAAAACAACCACAGGGCGCACAAAAUUGCAGUCAGGAUUCGAGUCUAUUUUCUGAAUCUCUUCAGUUUCUCCAUCGUCACUACCUCUCUCUUGAUUGGUGUAUGAAAGCCCUUAGGCAAGUUGCCCAUGAAUUUAUGUGCCAUUCCUUGGCCAAUGGCGAGAGCAUCAUCCACAUUCACUUCUUCGGGUGCCACUCUUCCAUUGAUAAUGUGGACUCGCAUGUGGACUCGCCUGUGGACUUGCCUGUGGACUCGGGUGAAGAUGCAACCAAAAUCGCCCAAAAGGAGACGGCAGCAUUCUUAAAAGCGGUUCAGGAACCUGCAGUUGAACAAGGUUUUAACCAGCGUCGUACUAAACAGGGAAAGUUUGAAAAUAAAUCCCCGGAUUCAUUGAGGUGGAGUGGCGUUCUCAAAAGGGUAGGCAUGGAAACAGAGCCCAUGCUAAAAAAGUACAAAACACCACAUAAA